AUUUUCGUUUUUUUUCUUUUAUUUAAUUAUUCUCCUCAUUAAACUUUAAUUGCUGUAAUUUUUACAAUAACACUCAUAGCUUGGACGACGUCCAACCUAUAGAUCGAGAUGUUCCAAAUAUUACUGCAAUUGUUACUUUUAAUCAAAAUUACAAAAAAAAUGAUGAAACUUUCAUCAUAAAAUACUAAAAAUUAAAUUUUUUUAUCCUCAUAGCUCACUUACUUUUCAUACGAAUAGUUAAGCGGGAGCGAAUUCAAAAAAUUAAUUAAUUAAUCGAUCCAAAUGUCUCUUUUCAAUUCAGUAAACCGCAAUUGUAUUACUCAGUGAUUUUUUUCGGAAAAUUUUAAAAAUUUGAUAUAUCAUAUCAUAAGACUUCUUCGAAUUAAUCGUAUUCUUAUCUUGGAAAGAAUCGAGGUACAAGCUCGCGUCAAAAUAUAUCUCCUAAAAUUGCGACCUAUGGGUCGAAUGCAAAAACACAUGAACAGAAACCUGUCAGCGACAUAGACAAGUGAUUCUAAGUCUAUCGGCAUAUCGGUAUAUGUCAGUACAUAAGUCCGCACAAAGCAUACCAAAAAAAUACUUUCGCGUCGCGUAACAUUUCUUAUUGCCAACGAGAUAGGUUACUUGAAGCUAAACGUCCUUUGACAACACAGGCUUGAAGACUGUUAUCGCUGCAUUCACGCCAUGUUCAUGUGUCAAUUAACUACAGAUUUUAGCCGAGUGAAUAAAAAUCUCGAUUACAAAAGUCAGUGUUCGCGGGUUUAAAUGCGAUAAGAUUUUGUUCGGUCGUAGUUGUAGUAAGUGCUCAGUCAGUAACAGCAUAACACUUAUCGUUUGGAUACACAUCCCCAUGUGAUUCCUGUCACGUGUAUUACACGAACAGAUGACAUCCUCUGAGUGAUUGGUUAUUUAUAAAAAAAAUAAAUAAAUAAAUAAAUAAAUAAACAAAAAAACCUUAGAUUAAAGAAAUUUUAUAAGUGCACACAGUAAACCUUUUGGAUCUAAUGCAAUUAUUUACCAGGGCCGCAAAAAACCGCCUUCCAAAACAGGUCGCGACCAUUUUACUUAUUAAAUAUAUUUUUAAUUCAAUGGAUAACAAAGAUUCCCUCCAAGGGGAACUCAAUCUGGCGCAAUCUCCAGAAACAGGCAGUUCGUUAGAUGGGCAUAUAUAAUACCUAUUUAUACUGCUUAAAGAGGCGUAAUGCAAGCAUUAGUCACGUCUAAUACAACCAUUCAAGUACAUAAAGAUACAUAAAUAAUAUGCUCCAGUGUUUCAAUAAUGAACCUGAAAAUCAUAUUUAUUCGAAGUGUUUUAAGUUAAUUCUAACUUGUUUAAACUAGUUGUUGGACAAGUCUCCAAACUUUUCCAUCUGUAAUAUCAAUGACGUAAAAAUAAAAACUUAGUUGACGGAUUCCAUUUUCAUUUUAUAAAUUUCCAUUUUUUGUCCACAUUUCUUGUUCAAAAUCCUUUACAUGCAAUAGAUAAAAUUAUUUGUUCAAAAUUUUAUUUUUUUUUUCAAUUUUUCUCAAAGCAAUAAAAAAAAAAGAAAACAAUACAAAAUACAUAAAUAAUAAAUUGAUUUCGUCAUGGCAGAAGGCGGCAAUAGUAGUGAAAUUGGACAAUUAGAUAAAGAUUUCCAGGAACUUGCGAAAAAAUUGGAAACUGAUUUUCUGCCCAAUCUCAGUUAUCGGGAGAAAUUGCUAGCAACAGAAUGGCUCGUGAAAUUGCGUAACACAAAGGGCGAUAUUGCAGAACUCAAGCUACGAAAUCGGUUUACUAAACAUUUCCUUGAGACGCCUAAAGUUUUUUCCGGAGCGAAAUUCAAAGAUUUGCCAGCGAAUUUUCAGGAUUCUUUAGAGGAAUUAAGACAACUGCUGCCUAAAACUCCAGAUGAAGCUUUAAACCCUACAAAGGAAGAGAAACUCUCCUAUAUAUCUCAAUUGUUUGCCAAUCUACCGGACAGAGGUCAGUUUCUAGCAUCGCUACCAGUGCCAAGAGCGGGUUCAUUCUAUAUACUACUUACCUCACCAAUACAGGAAACCAACAACGAAGAAAAAAAGGACUAACCAGUCACA